GAUUGUCAAAAAGCACGUGGUAUACUAGACAAAAAAUUGAUAAUUACAUUAUGAAUUAUAAUUGCUUAUUUAUUCGUAUGGAAUAUUUAAAGAUAUUAAGAUUUAGAACAAUUAGACUCAGAUUAGAACCAUAGUAGACAUAAAAUUUUUUUGGUAUAUUAAUAAGCUACAGAAUUAAAUUUAGUAUAUAUUAAGAUAUUGGGUUCAGAAGAUUUAUUUAUCUUAUGUAUCAAAAAGGAACCAUUUUGAAGGUUUAACAAAAUAUAAUUAAAAUAUAAAAAAAGAGAAUUCAUACACAUGGAGUCAUAUAUAUUGGAUUGAAUUUGAACCAGUGUGAAGGAAAAAUUAUUCACAUUUUUAUCUAAUUGAAAAACUAUAAUUUAAUUUUUUAAAUUUUCAAUAUGAUAGAAUCUAUAACAUUAGAACUACGACCUAGACUUCAAAUAUGCAAUGUUUUUAUUCAUUUAAAUAAAAAAGUAAAUUCAACAGGAGUUGCAAUAAAGCUUUCAAAAGAAAGUAUAAAAAUAACUAUAGAAAAUAAUACAAUAAUAUUUUUAACAAAAUUUGUAAAGUUAAUACCAGAUUCAUUAUCAACAUUAGAUAUUACAAACAAUUGGAUUUGUUUCCGUGCACAAACAAUAUCUGAUCCUGUAUUUGGGUCUUUCAAAACGCAAAUAAUUGCCAAUCCAGCAUUCGAUGUUAAUUCUUUGAAAGAUACUUUUAAAACUAUUGAGUUAUUUAAUAUCGGUAAAUGUCAUAUAACGUGUGCUUCUUGCAAAAACAUUCUUUCUAAAGAUAUGUGUAUUAAAAGGAUUUUACCUGUACCAGAUAUGAAUUAUGAUUCAAGCGAAUGGUUUUGUUGUAAACAUAAUCAUAGUAAUACUAUGUAUAAUUUGAUUCCAUCAGAGUCUGAUAUUUUCUAUGGGUCACUUUUCUUCAGAAUUCAUGCAAGUUUAUUUAAUCACAACUUAAAAAUAGAUGAAAAUAUUGCGAUUUGUAACAGAUGUUUACAACAUUUAGGAAAAAUUCUUACAGAUAAUUCACUUAAAUUAUGGAAUUGUGCUGUGGAUUACAAUUUCUUAGGUAACUCACAAAGUAAGACUGCAACAGAUCCCUUUAAUGAUUUUUUACUUGCUAUUAAAACUUCAAUGACUGGUAUGUUUGGUGAAGAAAUAAUUUUGCAAUGCUUUGUAGGAAAAGAAAUUCACUCCCUCAUUUUAAAACCAAUGGAUUGGCACUUAAAUUUAAUGAUUGAGCCUAAGGAAAUAUCAGACGAUAAUAUUGUAACUUUGCAAAGAAUAUCAGUUGUCAAAGUAUUAUAUAAAUAUGAAACAAGCAAAAAUAUUCUUGAUUCUGUAAAUAAAUCGUAUUGUGAAGUUAGUUUUUUAGUAAUAAGAGCAGGUUUGGAACAUUUAUUAACAUCAACAAAACGAUUUCCUCAGCCUCAUAGAACUGCAAUUGAUUGUUAUAUUGGACAUAUAUGCCUAGAAAAUUGUACAGACAAUACUUAAUAAUAAAAAAUAUCUUUUGUUUUUUAAACAUAACAAAUUUUGAAUUUUUUAUAAAUAAUUUUUCAUAAUAAUAUGGUUUCUUAAUAAAUGAUUUCUAAUUUACUUUUAAACUGUUUAAUGAAAUAAAAAAUUUCAUAAUUGUGAUUUAUAUUAAGAGUGUGCGCUAUUUUGAUGCAUGAAUAAAGUUUUAUUUUAUCAAAAAUUUACAUAUAUUUAUUCAUAUAUUACAUGUUAUAUUGAAUAGGAAUAUUUUACAAUGCACUAUCUAUGGUUAAUAAAAUUUGAAUGAUUAUAAAUCACGAUUUUACUUAAUAUAAAUAUCUAAGCACUGUAACAUAACUAAAUGAAAUUAAUCUCAUGGAGAUACUCUAAUACUCUGUGGUUAAUUUGAAAACAAUUAAAACAUGUGGAAAAUCUUAUACAUAACAAGCUAUGAGGGAGAUUUAUAUAUAUUUACAUUAUGUAUGAUUAAUGCUCUGUGUGUGUAUGUGUGUGUGUGUUCCAUGGAAAUAAAGAACAAACAAUUAUGUACAUAAAUAUAAUGUACAUCAUAUAUGUGCAUAUUAUUUUUACAAUCACGAGUACAGUUGUCCGUUUUUUAAAUUUAUUAAUUAAAUCAUUUUGGAUACUA